GAGUAGACCACUUCCGCAGCACAGCGCCGGUGCUUUGGCCGAGUAUCUCAAAGCUCUCGUCAAGGUCGAUAGGCUCGAUGACAGUGCCUUGUUGAAAACGCUGCAAAGAGAGUAACUGCAUCGCUCAAGCUGAGGCGCGACCGAUCAUGUCUUCGGCAUUUCCGGCAGUAGGAGCAGCCACGAAAGACGGAAUUUUGGGCUCUCCCAGUGCGCCAAUCCACAUGGUCACGUCCGAAGGAGGUUUUAGAGUUCAAGUGUGGCGGACUGUUCGAACCUUGGCUCUGGGCUUUCUCCUUCUCUCUGGCGUUGGGGCCAUUAUAAGGGCCUCAGCAAAGGGGUACCGUUUUUCUAUUGCAGCGGGAGCGAGUUCGAGGAAGUGUUCGUCGGAUGUGGUGCUCGGCAAGUGCGGGACUUAUUCGCAAGCACUCGCCAUGCAUAAUCUUCAUGGACGAAAUUGAUGCAAUAGGUGGGAGCUGAAAUCCCAAGGACCAACAGUACAUGCUGGUGGAGCUGAACGGUUUCAAGCAAAACGAAGGCAUCAUAGUGAUCGCGGCUACGAACUUCCCCGAAUCUCUCGACAAGGCGCUUAUCCGUCCUGGUCAGUUCGAUCGGCAUGUGGUGGUUCCAAAUCCAGACAUCCAGUUAGAGAACAUCCAUUUAUGUAUAAACACCUUGCUUUUCUUUUUUU